GCCAUUUUAAACCUUCAUGGCGGUACUUCUUGUUCGGCGUUUGUAUUAUUGUUGACCUGCCGAUGAUUUCCUUUGAUUUAUGAGCCAAAUUCCCCAAGGAUGGCUGAUAAAUCGAUAUUAGAAAAUAUCAGCAAGAGGAAUUUUGAUGCAAUACUUGGAGAUACAAAGGAGUACCUGUCAAGUAUACUGACUGUGAAGGGCAAAGCUAAAAAUGGUGACUUGAAAGAGAAAGGAAUGUUUGCAGUUAAAUUUCUGCAUUCUGCUGUUGCUGUUGUUGGAAAUGAUGUGCCUGAAGACCUCAUCGCAGCAGUGCAUGUUUGUUGUCAAGGAUACCAGACUGCUAGGGACAACAUUAAGUUACAAGAUGAACUGACAGUACCCAAACUUGUGUACCAUAUCCUCAACAAGCUUGUGCAAGAGAGUCACAUGGCUAACCUGCAUCAACUUGGAGUGUUCCUGUACAGCUGCCUCCAUGGUGUGACUACUGAGACACCUGGUGUUAAACCCAUUGUGAUGAACACCUACAGUCGUCUGUGGAACUCGUCCGUCAAACACGAAGCCAGCUGCAGCAAUCCAGGCUCACUUCUCAUCACCACCCAGUUGAGAUUUCUAGCUAUGAAAUUCCUCUUUAAGAAGGAAGUAAUUGAAGAUUCAGAUGUGGAAAAAAUUGAGAUCGCACUAGGCAGGUACAUCCAUUUAGCCAACAAAUUGAAAUUGAAAAAGUCUGCAAUUCAAGCUGAUUUGAGACAGGUUUUAAGUAUAUUUGUCACUAUGUUAGAAAAUGUUUUAACUUUUAACAAGGAAAAGUUUGGUUUGAUUGUUAUCAAGUCCGUGAUUCGAGCUGUGAAAUAUCUCUCCCAAAAUAAGUUGUUGGGAGACGUGCAGCACUUCCUGGAGGUGGUCAGUGAAUCAGGGGCAGACAAUCCCAUGGCUGACAUGGGUUUGAUCAAAGUUGUUACCAGCAUACUGACUGUGGUCAAACAGUUGGACACCUUGCUUCAAGAAGAAUGCAGCAGCGAUGCCCGUUUUGAUGAAGUAGCUUCUGUGUUGAUGUCAGGCAAUGAGGGUUUGAUGACAGUCACUGAUGAAGAUAAGGAAGAUGGUGGUCAUCAGUUAGUUGUCCUGGAGUUGUGUCAGGUGCUGAUGAUGCAGCUCAAGUCUGUACCCCUGACUGUCAAUCUGUCUGUUAAUCUGAUGGAGGCAGGCAGGAUGACCAUGACCUUGUAUCUACACUUCCUGGAGUCGGAAUGGCGGCUGAUUGGUGAAGCAGGAGCACCCUCGACUGGACUGAAACGAGAUCAGAUUGAGAGGAACAUGCUGGAUGCUUUCCAUGUCAAGUUCCAGAUGUUUUACAAGUUGUCACAAGCUGUUACUGAUGAUGAAGAACUGGAGACGUUGUUGGAUGAGUGUUUGGAAGCUGUUGGUCUCUAUCUCAAUGUGCUGGGAGUUGUGGAGUCAGACAAGACACACUUUGAUGACAAAUACUACUUUGGCUACCUGAUGGUGAAGUUUGGUCACUUCUGCUACAACCGCAGUCUGGACAAGCAGGCCACAGAGUUCUACCGCAAUACUUGCCAGCAGCUCACUGAGUGGUGCUUUUCUGACACUGAGAAGAAACAGGCUCGCAUUGAAGAGUCAUCUCUGUGGAAGAUCUACAAUUGCCUGACAGAGUGUUACCGACGCCGUGGGAUGUGGAAGCAAGCCAUGGAAACCAUAGCGAUGUACCUACACAUUGAUGCCAGCCAUGCGAACACUCUAGUGCAGCUGUGGGUGCGCAUCAAGCGGGAUGCUACCAGGGAGGGACAGCAAGACUUUGUGGAAAAGACCAUGAAGGAUGUGUUUGACAGUGAGGGUGAGGAGAGACCUCAGACAGAUGGGGACAAGGUCCUCUGUCUGCUGCAGUCAGAGCUGGAGGCCUUCAAGGGCAUCAAGAAGCGAUGGAGCGAGGGAGAGGCUGUGGUGCUGAAAGACCUGGUAUCAGUGGUGGGGGACUCCGGCACCAAGGCUGGCUACCUGCUGUCUCUUGCCCAGAUCAUGUGGGUCACAGGGAUAGAGACACACAGGUCUGCCAAAGAGUGUGUGAAUGAUGUUCUGGAUUUGCUGUGCAAGACAACAAGUUCUGAAGGCUACCUAACCUUGGCUCAGGGAUAUUUGUGGCGCUUCAUCAUCACACGAGAGGAUUUGUGUAAACAGUACCUGCUGCCGGCCGGGGAGAGCGAGCCUGAUCCGGGUGAUGAGGAGCCCUCGGCCAGGAAGGGGAUGAAGGAUGGGGUGAAGGAGGAGUUGGCGCCGGGCAAGGUGUACACACUGCAGCAGUGUGAGAUGGAUGUUGCCGACAUGGACCAGGCUCUAACCCUGAUGAUGCAGGGCAUAGAAGCAGGCAUCUCCGAUACGUCUCAGCUGGACUUGGCAGCACUAACACAAAACCUCAUCAUGGCAGCAUCAAUCUUCAGACUCUUGCGCAAGCCUGUACAAGAGCUGCAGACCCUGUGUAUGGCACUAAGUGUAUGUCCCUCCGCUGAUGUCGUCACUGCAGCCAGAGUCCGACAGGAUAUAUCGCGGGUGUUGAUGGAGAGUGGUCAGUACCACAUGGCGGAGCUGUUGCUCCCUGCUGCUGACACAACUGGGGCGACUGAGGACUCCCAUCAGAAGAUUCUGCUGCAACUACUGAAGGAGAGAAUACAUCUUCUCACUCAGAAGAUGGAGCCAAGUUUGACCCGGAUGCUGAGUGUGGUUGAGAGCCUAGUGAAGGCCAAUAGCAAGAGCUGGAUAGCGACCCUCACAGAGGGUGUGGCCAAGAGGCUGUUGUCCAUGUUCCUCAUCCAGCCAGUGCAGCCAGAGACCCAUGUGGCAGAGUACGCUCUCUCCCUGGCCCAGGAGGCCGUCAAACUCCAUACAGCGGUGGUCCACUUCCUGAUGGGCAGAGACAUGGAGUCUGUAGUCAGUCAGUCUGGAAAGGAUCCUCAUGUCCUGGACAAGUGGAUGGUGGUCAGCGAACUCCUGGAGUCGAUUCUUCAUCUUUGUCAUCUGUAUCGACAUGUUGGUGAUGUCAAGGAUGCCAGGGGAUAUCUCAGGGAGGGUCUCAAGAUCUCCAAGCGUCUCUGUCUACCAAGAUGGACCACGGAAUUUUUACUUGAACUUGGAAGAAUUAACUCGAUAUCUAGCAAUGAAAAGGAGUGUCUACGGCUACUGAAGGAGACGUCUAUGAUACUCCGACAGAUCCCUGGUAAAGAGGAAGUCAGUGUGUUAGAUCAAAAGCCACCAAAAAACACCAUCAACAAUAAAACUGCUACUGCUAAGAAACCUAGAGCAACUCGAGGCAAGAGUGCAUCAGCAAACAGGAAGAAUAAAGUGAAAGAUGUGGAAGUUAUUGAUGAUUGUUUUGGGUUUGAGAGUGUCCGAGAUGCAGGAAUUAAGAGACCCUCAGAGGGUGAUGUCGCCUCCAUUCUUGGUCCACUGAGUUCUCUGUCUUUGGAUGUGGAGCUUCCUGCAUCAGUACCCCACAACACUGACUGUUCCUGCUCCUUGUGCCAAGACAUCAUAGUGCAGGGACUCGACCUCCUCUAUUCAGAAACUCUGGGCGAGUUCUAUCAGUAUUCCGGAUCUCUUGAGAAAGGAUGGGAUGAACUCAAGAAGGUCGAAUCCUCUAAGUCUGCUCUGGAAAGAUUGACUGCUGAUAACACAACUAUUAUGCACGAACAGUUAAAAUCAGCAGAAUUAGUCUCAACUUCUAACAAGAAGCCAUCAGCUCAACUCCAACCAGUGCUAUUGCCAAGUAUAAGGCAACUCAGUAUUGAAACCUACUGCCUCCUGGCUCAAACAGCUUUGAAGAAAUGUGAGUCGGAGACUGCUGACUUCCUGUCUCAGUCUGCCCUGAAGAUCAUCAACUCGGACACCAGUAAGGACCUGCUGCAGCAGAGUUUCCUCAAGGCCCAGCUGCAGCUGGUGCAGAUACAGGCUCGCCUCCAGGCCACGGGGGAUGUGUUUGUAGCCAGUGACAAGGCACCGCCAGCCAAACCAGCACCAGCCAGAGGCCGGGCUCGCUCGACCAGACAGAAGAAAUCAACUACUAGUAGGAGGGGCAAGUCAGAUACAGAAGAAGAUAUUCCUGCUGCUGUAGACCACCAAGAUGCCUCUGUGAAGGACUCCCUAACCUCUGCCUUCACCACCAUCUCUCACUUCCCAUCCAGCGAUGUGUACGGACACUUGUGUCGCAUGCUAGCCUGCCAACACCUCAACACAGAGGAACUGAAGACAGCAUACUUCCUGAAUGAGGCAGUUUCCAUUACGUUCAGGCAUCAAGCGCUUGCAAAUACCAGUCGCAAAAUUAGGAAGGUGGAGAAGGAGCUGGCUACGUGUGAGGGGGAACUGGAGACACUGAGGGAGGACCUAGAGGACCUAUGCCGAGUCCGGAGUCUGCUGGCCUUCAACAAGGAAGUGUCACACUUCCAGCAGAUGAUGCAGCAUAUACCCCCAGACUGGACAGUGUGUCAAAUAACGCUGACAAAGUCAGCUGGUGAUGCCAAUCGACUACUGCUGACCAGACUCACCUGUCACACUGACCCAGUUACCGUUGAACUACCAGGCUUUGAGACUGUCCAGGGUCGGAGUAUUCUACCUGAGUUCAAGGCAAUAAUACAGACAAGCAGCGAGAGCAUGAAGCUGACGGACAAGAAUCAGUGGUGGCAGACUCGCAGGGACCUCAAUGAUAGAGUACAGUCUGUAGUUGACUUGAUGGAGAAGUACUGGCUGGGAAAGUGGGUGUGUCUACUACAAGGUCAGCUGUCCUUGGGUCAAAGGUCAAAAGUCAAUGAAAUACUUACACAGCUCCAGAAGGACAUCAAAAAGUCCUGCAAGAUAGUAAUAGAGCCACAAGUUCUAGAGCUGCUGCUGACGCUGUGUAUCAGCCUCCCUGUAGACAACCACAUCGACGUCGCCACCAAGCUUGUGAAGGUCAACAAUGAGGCUGCCCACAAACUCACCACUGCUGUGUCCAAGUGUUGCGAAACUCUAGCCUCCAAUAUGGACUCUCAUCCUUGCCGGCAGCCAGUCCUGUUAGUCCUAGAUAAGGAUGUCCAGCACCUGCCGUGGGAGAGCCUCCCCAGCCUCCGCAGCCACCCAGUCACCAGGAUCCCGUCUCUCUACCACCUCCACACUCAGCUGUCAGCAGGCCACAUGUCUCAGUCUCAUGCCUGUGUCAGCGGAGUUGAUAUUCAGAAUGCCUUCUACAUACUCAACCCUGACAACGACCUCAUGUCAACGCAGGAGUCCUUUGAGAACUUGUUCAGAGAACCCUCUGGAUGGUCAGGACUUAUCGGAGAGAAGCCUACCCCCAAUCAGUUCAAGUCAGCAUUAACUGAUCAUGACCUCUUCAUCUACUGUGGUCACGGCAGUGGCUGCAAGUACUACUCCGGCUCUGACCUGCAGCAGCUGCGGUGUCGGGCGGUGGCGGUGCUGAUGGGAUGCAGCAGUGGUUACCUGCAGACCCGUGGAAUCCUGGAGGCCACCGGCAUGAUCAACAACUACUUCCUGGCAGGAUGCCCUACCAUCAUAGCCAACUUAUGGGACGUGACGGAUCGCGACAUUGACAGGUUCCUGGGAGGCAUGUUGACAUCAUGGAUGUCAUCGGAGGGGGAGGGCAGCUUACUGGAGGCUAUUCCUGCAGCCCGGGAUCAGUGCCGAUUGCCGUUCCUCAUAGGAGCAGCCCCAGUUGUGUAUGGGUUCCCCGUCAGCUUCAGAAGAUGAUCUGUAUCGACGCGGCCAUUAACAUGGCUCUGGAAAACUGAACACUAGCAGGCAAUAGAGAAAGAAAUUAAUCGAGAAAGUACUAGUUCACAUUGUGAUAUCUUAAGACCCUAAAAGUGUUCAACCCAUUGCUUAUAAUUAUUGGCAUAGUUGCCCAUGCUAUAAGGCUAUGGCUAAUGUCAAUACCUAAUGUACUUUGACAUUACUGUUAGUUAUCUAUGACAAUGAAUGUUAACUUGGUGUCUUGACACUGUCACCCUCAUAGUCUUGGAGUUGAAGUAAUAGUUCAGCAGUGUUCGAGAUAAAGGGAGUCCUGGGAUGCUAGAAGUUUGUCUCUGUGGUAUUUGAAUCUAGGGCCCUAUUUAAUCUUUAAGUUGGAACUUUGGGGUUAAAUAGGCCCCUCGAGUUUCAGGUUUAACUUUUAACACUGCACAUUGUUAUUGUAGUUUGUACUGGGCUAAUAUUUAUAGAACAGCAGUGCCUCAUCAGUCAGAUGAAUCGUGGCUUCAGCAUCCAGGACACCCACCUAAUGUAGUGAAUAUGUAGAAUUGUACGUAUUGUUGAAUUUCGAAAGUAAUUUAUAGGAGUAUGACAUGGAAUAUAUUGUACAAGAGCUUGGCACUUUGCUUUGUGAAUUAGGCUGGAUUAGUUAUCAGUCAGUAUAUGAGAAUAGUAAUUUAUUCAAUGCAGAUUACAAUUUACUUGCAGCAUGAUUAGUGGAAUGAAUGUACAGCAUAAUGUUGCUUCUUGUCAGUCACUAUGGUGAUAUUGACCGAUUGUCUUUUUACAAGUUUUAGUUUGAUAAUCAUUGCUGUAGUUGUUACCAGUAUUAGACAGGAGCUGAUAAAUAGUCUUCAAAGAUAGUGGCAGACCAGCAUGUACAUGUAUGCACUGCACUGUAUCAGCUGGAGUAUGUAUCAUCAGAUAUCAGUAACUUUUUAUGUUUGUAUUAUUUCUUGAAUAAACUUUGAAUACAUGUUA